GCGGGGGGCGCGGGGAUGUGGCCCGGGGGCUCCCCCCGUGGCCGUCGCCAGUACUGCAGCGUCAGUCUCCGGGGCAGGUGAGCGACCAGCUGGUGGAGAUCAAUGGGGAGCCCACGCUGGGCAUGACGCACGCCCGGGCCGUGGAGCAGAUCCGCCGGGGGGGCAGCCGCAUCCGCCUGGUGCUCAGGAAAGGCGACGGCUUCGUCCCUGACUUCGACCGUGAGCACAUCCCCAGCCCCGCCGGGCGGGACCGGAUGCCAGAGGGUGGAUCGGCACCACACGGCUGGAGAGCAGACACGGACGAGAGGUCUCCAUGCUGGGGACGGGACGCCAGGUCCUGCCUGGAGGCUUCUCCCAGCAGCGCUGAGCGAGGAUCCCACCGCUGCCACCAACGCGGGUCCCGGGACCAUCGGGGCGCAGAGCAGGGCUGGCCAGCAUCGGGGAAGGAGGCAGAGGCGGAGGCCAGGAAGGGAGAGAGCGGGUCCCUCUCCCCCCAGAGGGAGCAGGUCUGGAGGGGCCUCUCGGAACCAGCCCCUGGGCCCUGGCUGGUGCCCAGCAAGGAGCGCCUCUCACGGGCCCUGAGGGGCGUCUGCAUGGGGGAGGCAGAGGACGACGAAGGGGGCAGCCUGGGGCAGGGCAAAGGCGGAGAGGUGAGAAGGAGGACCUAGUCCAGCCCCGCCCAGCGCAGGAUGUUCUCAGUGCCUGGGAGAGUCCACCCACCCCUCAUCUGGAUGUGCAAUGGUACCUUCCAUUCUCCUCACCACCCCUUCAACCAGGGCCCAGCUAUGUAGUGGUACUCUCCACUCUUGUUCCCCUUCCCAUUUUGACUAAUGGUACUGUCUAAUCUACUCAGCGUGGUACCUGCCAUUUCUUCCCCCCUCCCCCCAUCAGCUAUGCAGUGGUAUAAUCCUCUCCUGUCCCCUACCCUCUGGGUUGUGAAAUGGUACCUUCCAUUCGUCUUGUGUGUGUCUCCCCCCCCCUGCCAUUCAAUGAAUGGUACUUUCCUCUCUCCCCUCCCCCAUUCACAAUCUGCACUGAUACCUUCUACUCUGCUGGUAACCUUCCCCCCCACUAGUCUGUGCAAUGGUGCUGUCCACUAGUGCCCUCUUUGGCAAUGGUAUUGUCCACUGGUAAUUUUGCAUACCCCAUGUCAGGAUUGCAAUGGUAUUGUCCACUCUACCUUGCCAACACUCUUCACAGAGCCACACAUGGACUGACCCAUUCCAUGGAGGGGGAGGAAAUUGAGCUAAUCCAUUCCAUCGUGGGGGGGGGAGAGCCUCUCCCUGCAUAGAGCAAUGUCCGAUGGACUGAUCCAUAGGGGGUGGGAGCCACCACAUGUGGCUUGAUCCACUCCAUCGAUGGGGGAGUGUGUGGAAUGGGCCGAUCCAUUCCACCAAAAGGAGGGUGAGUGCUCUAGCACAGCUCAAAGACACACGCAGACUGAUCCAUUCCAUGGGGGGGGGGGCGGAAUGGACCCAACCAUUCCCUUGAGGUGGGAGAAUCACCAAGGGCCAAACCAUUUCAUGGAGCAGGGAGAAAUAGACCAAUCCAUUACAGGCUCACAUGUGGACGGAUCCAUUCUGUGCGGCAGUGGGGGGGGGGGAAAUCACAGAUGACCUAUUCCAGGGAGGGAGGAGGAAUGGAUCGAGAUGUGGGGGAGAUGGGAAAUGA